CUUCUGAACCAAUUCUAUUACUUCCAGAUGAUUUAUAAAUACCAAAACUAGAGUGAAACAGAUUUUUGGGUGACGCUGAAGUAACGGAAUGCUGCAACUUUUUGUAGUUUGCGGAGCAAGAAGAAGAAAGAGAUAGAGAGAGAGAGAGAGAGAGAGAGAGAGAAAGUCCACAGCAGCUCAACGAAAAAAACAUUCAUCAGGAAAAGAGAGAGAGAGAGAGAGAGAGAGAGAGAGAGAGAGAGAGAGAGAGAGAGAGAGAAUAGAAAGAGAAUGGAAUCCAAGCUUCGAAACGGUAUAAAGGCAUCGAGAUCUGCGUGGGGCACGUUUCUACUACUACCGUGUUUGCUUCAACAACAAGCUUCAAUGCCGGUACUACUCUCUCUCUUUCUCAGUUGAACGUUGAAUCUCUGCUUCCGAAUCUGGGGAAUGAACAAGAAUUGCUGAGAUCACACUUGUAUUCUUUGUUGUGGUCAAGAGAUCUUUUGAUCUCUUGACAAAGAUUACCAUAUGAAGCCACAUUUAUUCUAUGCAACGUUAUUUUUCCUCAUACAGCUGGUUUUUAUUCACCAAACUAUAGCUGAGCUAGAUUCAGACAAGCAAGCCCUCCUUGAUUUUAUUUCUAAUGUUCCUCAUGGUCCUAAAGUUGACUGGAGUCCUGCUAAACCAGUCUGCACUUGGGUUGGCAUCAAUUGCAGCUUGGAUGGAUCCCAUGUGCUUGUUGUCCGCCUUCCUGGUGUUGGACUGCAUGGACCAAUUCCAACCAACACGCUUGGGAAAUUGGAUUCCCUUAUGAUCCUUAGCCUUCGAUCCAACAGCCUCAAUGGGAGUCUCCCUUCUGACAUUCUGUCCCUCCCUUCCCUCCGCUACUUAUACCUUCAAAAUAAUAAUUUUUCAAGUGAUAUUCCCUCUUCUCUGUCUUCUCAGCUCACUGUUCUUGAUCUGUCCUUCAACUCCCUCACUGGCACCAUUCCAGCUACAAUUCAAAAUUUAACUAACCUCACUGGGCUAAACCUUAGUAACAAUCUGCUUAGUGGACCCAUCCCCAACUUCAACCUCACAAGGCUUAAGCAUUUGAACUUUAGCAACAAUCACUUAAAUGGUUCAAUUCCUGCAGCCCUCAAAAAAUUCCCUGUUUCUUCCUUUGAAGGGAACUUGCAAUUAUGUGGGCCACCACUAAACCAGUGCUCUCUUAUUCCUCCCUCAACUUCUCCUGAACCAGCUCAUUUACCACCUGGGCCAACUCCUAAACCAGAAGCUGGUUCCAAAAAAAAACUGAGUAUUGGAGCUAUCAUUGCUAUUGUAGUUGGUGGAUCUGCAGUGUUGUUUCUUCUAGUUCUGGUAACUGUGUUUUGCUGCUUGAAGAAAAAAAAAAGAGAUGGCGGUGUUGUUGCGAAAGCAAAGGGUGGAAGGGGUGAGCAGCCAAAGGAGGACUUUGGGAGUGGAGUACAAGAGGCUGAGAAAAACAAAUUAGUUUUCUUUGAAGGUUGUUCUUAUAAUUUUGAUCUUGAGGAUUUGCUAAGAGCUUCAGCUGAAGUGCUGGGUAAAGGGAGCUAUGGAACCACAUACAAGGCCAUCCUGGAGGAGGGAACAACAGUGGUUGUGAAGAGAUUGAAAGAAGUGGUUGUGGGGAAGAGAGAGUUUGAGCAGCAAAUGGAGAAUGUGGGGAGGGUCAGUCAGCACCCAAAUGUUGUGCCUCUCCGCGCUUAUUACUAUUCCAAGGAUGAGAAACUCCUUGUCUAUGACUACGUAACAGCUGGUAGCUUUUCCACACUAUUACAUGGGUACCAGGAAAGUGGACGAACCCCACCAGACUGGGACUUAAGAUUGAAGAUUUCGCUUGGAUGUGCAAGGGGCAUUGCCCAUGUACAUUCAGCAGGUGGAGGUAAAUUUGUCCAUGGCAACAUCAAGUCCUCCAAUGUCCUCCUCACUCAAGAACUCAAUGGCUGUAUCUCAGAUUUUGGCCUUGCUCCUCUUAUGAACUUUCCAACUGUUCCUUCCAGAAGUGUGGGGUACCGAGCUCCAGAGGUAGUUGAAAUCCGAAAAGCUACUCAGAAAUCUGAUAUAUAUAGUUUUGGCGUUGUACUUCUUGAGAUGCUGACAGGUAAAGCACCAGUCCAGUCACCAGGACGUGAUGAUGUUGUUGAUCUUCCAAGGUGGGUUCAGUCUGUUGUUCGGGAGGAAUGGACAGCUGAGGUUUUUGAUGUAGAACUCAUGAAGUAUCAAAAUAUUGAAGAAGAGUUGGUACAAAUGCUUCAAAUAGCAAUGGCAUGUGUGGCAAGGAUGCCCGACAUGAGACCAUCUAUGGAGGUAGUUGUUCGGAUGAUAGAGGAAAUCCGGCCAUCAGAUUCUGAAAACCGGUCAUCACCAGAGGACAGCAAACCCAAAACUCCAACUGCACAGACCCCAUGAAUAGCCUGGCCUUGCCUCCAUUCGUAUUCUUUAACUUUCUGUCCAGGAAUAUUAUAAGCUCAUGUAUAAAAUUACUUUCCAAAAGGCACGUGGUGGCUAGGUUAUUAGAGCAGGUCCACACAAGUAAAGCAUAUGAAAUCCCUUUCCUUUUUCUUGCGACUCUAUCUGUCCAUUUGUGAUUCUUUUUAGUGUCUUAGCAGAAAUUGAUUGUUUAACAUUUUUAUGCCCUCUCAAAACAUAUGUAAGUUGGUUUUAAGCUGUUAGUAUCAGCAAGUUCUGCAAAGCUCCUUGGAAGAAGAGGGAAAAAGAAGACUCCCCUCUUCUGUAAAUAUAUUGUAGCCAGACUUCGAAGAACUUAAUCCGGGAGAUAUUCUGCAUGAA